UAUAUAUACAUGCUACAUGCCUCUCCCGCGUCAAAGAUCGAAAGCUCUACCUAGUUAAUUUGCGUGCAUCGAUCGUCUCGAUCGAUGGCUGACUUCUCGUCUAGCAACGGCGUCCCGCCGGGGUUCCGAUUCCACCCGACCGACGAGGAGCUGCUGCUUUACUACCUCAAGAAGAAGAUCGGCUUCGAGAAGUUCGACCUCGAGGUCAUUAGGGAGGUGGACCUCAACAAGAUCGAGCCAUGGGACCUCCAAGAGAGAUGCCGCAUCGGCUCUGCGCCGCAGAACGAGUGGUACUUCUUCAGUCAUAAGGACCGCAAGUACCCGACGGGGUCGCGCACGAACCGCGCGACGACGGCCGGGUUCUGGAAGGCGACGGGGAGGGACAAGUGCAUCCGCACCAGCUACCGCAAGAUCGGGAUGCGCAAGACGCUCGUCUUCUACCGCGGCCGCGCCCCGCACGGCCAGAAGUCCGACUGGAUCAUGCACGAGUACCGCCUCGAAGAAAUCGACGAAGCCCAGGGCGGCACCAGCGAGGAUGGAUGGGUGGUGUGCCGCGUGUUCAAGAAGAAGUGCUUCUUCAAGAUCGCCGGAGGAGGCGGCGGCGAGGGCAGCUCGAGCCAGAGCGCGGAGGCCGGCGGCGGCGGUCACAUGACCGUCUCCUCGCCGAUGGGCGGCCACGACCACGCUAGCAUGUCGUCCCACUACAUGCACGGGAUGCACCCGCAGUACCACCAUCAGCAGCACGCCUCCUCCUUCUACUACUCCCAGAUGCAGCCACCGGAGACGGCCUACUCGCACCACGUGCAGGUCCAGGACCUACUCACCAACCAUCGCCCGGCCGCCGACGCUUCCGGAGGCGCUGGGUACGACUUCUCCGGCCUGCCGGUCGAGCACCAUCAUGGCCUGGAAGUCGGCAGCAGUGAUGGCGUUGCGGCCGAUGGGCUGGCCGAGGGAAGAGAUCAGACGAACGGUACUGCUUCUGAUCAGCAGUGGCAGGCGAUCGACGGGUUCGGCAACGGCGGGAGCGCCGCCACGGUGCAGCAAAUGAGCGCCAUGAACCCCGGCCAACGAGGCGGGGAGAUGGAUUUGUGGGGUUACGGGAGGUAAAUUUGACAUCUCCAACACAUGAACAAGUGCAUCUCUGCAUGCAGGAAUGCUGCAUGGGAACCUUCAAAAGCUGGUUAUUGGAAUGUUAUUAUUGGUUUUGGUGUUUUGGAUAUGGUGUGUAUAUGUACUAUAUCAUUAAUUUGUUGUUUGGUGUAAUAAGAACCAAGGAUACAUAUUGGUGUAUGAGUGUUAGGGUGAUAAAUUUGUGUGUACACAUCUGUUUGCAUGGACGAAAACUCAAGAAUUUAAGUUUUGGGGUUUUCUUGACAUGUAUGGGUUGGAGUGUACACAAAUGUAGAGCGUGUGUGUAUUGGAAGUGGGCGGCAUCAUUUGUUCCGCAUGCAUGCCCUUUCAUCUAGCAUGUGCUAAGAAACUUAAUGAUGAGAAUUAAGUUCAUCGUUGU